GAAAGAAAGAGUCCUUUGAGGCGCGAAUCUCCAUGAUGGCGUUGGCUCGAAUGAUCACAGAAGGUUCAAGCAUCUUUCUUUGAGACAAGUUUCCAUCAAACGACCAAUCUCCCAAUCGCCACCUGUCAAGCAUAAAGGAAACUGCCCGCAAGUCAAUACUGUAUCGACAGAAUAUUUCAACCCCGAAUUUGAAAUCUUAAAUUUAACGGCAAACAUGCCUCCCAACCCGAGAAUCGACAACAACACACUUGUUUGGAAUGCUGUUUCCAAGCAACUUGAUAUUGCAGAAGGAUUCAAAGUAAUCUGGAAUAGGCUUGACCACGAUCGCUUGAUUGCAGAUAUGGGUGUUGCAAACAAGAAUGCAGCCCAUCAUAGAUUCAGGAGAUGGAUAUCCUCUAUGGCUGAGCAAAGCGGCCAAAUGAACCCAGGUAAUGAGGAUAUGGGGGACGCUGCGAACAACGAUGAACCGCCCGUGAUGGCUGGGAAGAAGAGCGUGAAACAUCCAACAAAAAACAAAAUUGCAGGAAAGAAAGGGGCUGCUGAAACAAAAAUUGCGAAAGUCUCGUUAGACACCAACGAGGAUGAUAGAAAGAAGAUUAUUAAGGUCGAGAACUAGAGGUUCAAGAAUAAAGAAUAGGAAGCUGACAGGACUCGAUCAUGAUGAAUACUACA